CAGUUCUGUUGAUACACACAUCCUGAAUCCUGGAACGCUCCUCAGCUGCCAACGUUACAAACCAAAUACGCGCUUUAUGGACAAAAAGGACUGCGUCUGUGCGCAUUUCUAAUUCUGGCUUGUUGCAUGAAAGCAGUCAGCAUGGCUGUAGCUGAAGCUGUGAUUCCUGCCGUGACAUCGUAUCCAAGUGUUCAAGCCAUGGAAGGAAAACAAUUUGAUAAUCUGUGCAAGGUGGAUGAGUGUGCACGAAGCAGCGCAACAGGUGGCGCAGACAACCCGCUCAUUGAAGUGGAGUUCAGCAUCGUGCAGUCUCCUGCUUUACCCCCCAGAGACGACGACGAACUGGGGAAAUUCUUGGACCUCGAGUUCAUUUUGUCUAACUCUAUCGGCUCCGACGUUGUGACCAACAGCAGCAUUUCUCCCCCUCAGCAGCAGCAGUGUGCGUAUUCUCUGCCGGAGUCUCCGGAGAGCUGCAGCGGUGGUUCCGUGCCAGACUGUAGCGAUCACCCCUCCCCUCACCUGGCCUCACAGAGCUAUCACGGCGCCGCGAGCUUCACAGACUCGAACCCAGUCCGCAGCCUCAUGGCGGAGCUUCUCGCGCCUGAGAUGAGCUACCCGGGGGAGUGUUCACCGGACAGGCCCAGAGACGGGCGAGAGUACACCGAACUGCGAGCGCUGAAUCACCAGUCCAGCUCCACCAUUCCCGCUGCUCCCGGUCAUCACCAAGUGGCCACAUCUCCGCCGCCACCGCUUGGAUACAAAAUCAAAAGCGAGCCUGUAGGUCAGUCUUGUAUGAUGGCUGCUGUUGGCGGGGAUUUUAUGGGACAGAUGUUUGAGAAGCACCAGAUGCGCACCGUGCAUCCAGCAGCUUUUACGCACCAUCAUGCCACAGUUCCAAGUGCAUUACCGGGGUUCGGUGCGCACCCCAUGCAGCACCACGCUCCUCAGGGACGCACGGACUGUCAUUUGGCACAAAUGAACUCUACCAUGAGCCCUCAUCCUAGUCAACACCAUCUCCAGAACCAGUACAUGAACGCGCCUUACCAGCCGCAGUACACACACCAGAGUGUGCCACAGUUUCAAGGACAGUACAACAUGCACAGAGAGCCGUUGCACGUUCACCAGCAGCAUCACCCAGCUUCUAUGCAGGGGAUGAUGCUCACCCCUCCCUCGUCGCCAUCGUUGCUGGAGUUUUACCCACACGAUGAGGCAGCGAGCGUCAAGCAAAAGAGAGGCCGCAGGUCGUGGGCCAGAAAACGUGCAGCGACGCACAACUGCGAGUUCCCGGGCUGUGGGAAAACAUACACUAAGAGCUCCCACCUCAAAGCCCAUAUGAGGACACACACAGGUGAAAAGCCCUACCACUGUAACUGGGAAGGCUGUGGCUGGAAGUUUGCCAGGUCAGAUGAGCUGACCCGUCACUUCAGGAAACACACUGGACACCGACCCUUCCAGUGUCACCUCUGUGAGCGUGCGUUUUCUCGCUCAGAUCACCUGGCCCUCCACAUGAAGAGGCACAUGUAGGCCGCACUAAACAAGUGGACAUUUUUGAAUCCAAAUCCAUCUCGGGGAUCAUGGUCAGAACAACCCCGAAGAAGCACGAAUUGGCCGCUCACUACUGGGCACUUUGUGCAUCUGGCCAAAGCCAGUAAAACAAAACGCUCCUGUGGGGACCAUAGUAUCCAAACCAUAUUAUGGCAGUUGAUCCCAUGAUGUGCCACAAAUUUAUUCCUACAGGAACAAGUCAUGCUGGUGGUUUUCAUCUCGUACCACAAAGUCAAGUGCCUCUCUGUCGAAAAA